UGGCACUAAGUCUCACUGCACUGGCCAACAUGCUUCAUACUUCAGCUAACAAACAGCUUUGUCUACAAACCUGCACGCAGAGUUUAAUUCGCACAGGGACAUUUUUCAGACGUUAGCCGUUCCUUUUAUUCAGUGGAGUUUUUAUUUGGUGGAUUUAUUUGAAUUGUCUUUUGGAACAAUAAUAAACAUGAUCAAGACCUUGGUUGAACAAGCGAGGAGAUAUCCAGGGUUAAUCCCGCAAUUCUUCUUCCUGGGUAUGGGCCUCACAGGGGCCACCUUCUAUCUGAUCCGCCUGGCAAGAGGACCUCAUGUCACCAUGUGGGACAAGAAGAACAACCCGGAGCCUUGGAACAAGCUCGACCCAACCUACCAGUACAAGUUUGUGGCCGUCAACACAGACUACAAGAACCUGAAGAAAGAGGGCCCUGACUUCUAAAGGUCCUCCAGGCAACUCCAGGGGCACCAAGUUUGGCAGGACCUCCUGCUGUCGCCUUAAUGAUGGGAACCGUUUCACCUCAUGCUUAGGACAACAGCUCCGAGUAACCUCCCUGUGAAAAAAAACUAUUAAAGAUUACACAAGGCAGAAGGCUGGUUCUUCA